UAAUGUCGCUAUUCACACCACAAUACUAGCAGACGAGGUGCAGAAGAUAUGUUAACAAAUUGAGGUUAUAUAGACGUUCAUGUCUUUCUUCGAAAGUUUCACACUGUAAUUUUUGGAAGAAGCUUCCGACAAACCAGUGAAAAUGCCGUUCAUGAAAGGUGCAGCUCCUGUACGGAGAACGCUGAAAUAUUUGAACGCUGGGAGAAUAGUUUUAAAAGAUAAAAUUAAAAUAUUUUCGGUGAACUACAAUACCUUUGGAGACCAUCACAAAGGUGCCAGAGACUUCGUAUUUUGGUGUUUACCACAAGUUCAGUACAAAAAUCCUGAUGUUCAGGUUUUAACGUUUAGAAACAUGACACCAUCUCCAUUCAUCAGAGUGUUUCUUGAUGAUGGCAAAGAUUUGGUUGUGGAUAUAGAUGGUAAAGAGAACGAGGAGAUUUUGGAUCACCUGUGUAGCACACUAUGUAAAACUGCGUCAGUUCUUCAAGCUGAAGCAAUUGCGAAACAAGUAAAAGUCAAUCCAGCUAAUUUUGGCUAUGGAUGCAAGCAAAGUUGUAUUUGUAGAAUUCCUGGCCAGGUUCCAUGUUCAGGGCUAGUUACUUUACCCAAACACAUGCGGGGCAAAUAUGUAUUCUUUGACAGAGAUGAUGGUGUACCAUCUUAAAUUCUCCUUGUCCUUGUGUCUACUUUUAUAUUAAUGUUUUGGUAAAUGAUUGUGUACCAGAUAGAACUGCUGUGUUGACUUAGGAAAAACAAAGAUGCAUCAAAUACUUGAUCUACUAAAAAUUUUCUUUAUUACAAGACUGGAUCAGAGAGGAAGACCUUGUAAAUGGUGCAAAGUCAAUAAAUAAUACAGAGAUCAUGAGGUAAUUCAAAUCUGAUGAAGAGGGAAGUAAAUGAUGUGUACAUAUGAUAUGAACAAUGAAUGAUCAUUAAGUAUGUUUCUGAGGUGUCUAAUAAAUUGGCAAUCUUAUUUGUCAAAUAUCAA